ACAGGGAUGGCUGGCCAGCCACGGCUUUCAGGAAGUGGGAGCUGGGAGACAGAAAACGCCAUCUGUUGUUUUCCCAUUCUGAGAAGUAUAUAAAGGGGAGGAAUGUAGACCAUCUUCGAAUGUGGAGCGAACGGAAUAAUCAGAGUAAAGUAUGUGUAUAGCCGUCUGGUUGUGGCAAUCUCACCCCCUCUACCCUUUCAUCCUCCUCCUCAACAGAGACGAAUACCACAACAGGUCAUCGAAGCCAGCGGCAUGGUGGGAAGAGGAGCCGCAGAUACUGGGUGGUCGAGAUUGUCGCGCGGGAGGGACUUGGUUAGCUUGUUCUAGAGAUGGUAGGGUGGCCUUCCUCACCAAUUUCCUGGAGCCCCAAGUUCUUCCUGAUGCCAAGACCAGAGGAGACUUGCCGGUUCGGUUUCUGCAGAGUGCAAAAAGUCCUUUGGAGUUUGCACUAGAGGUGAAGAGAGAAGGUUGUCAAUAUAAUGGUUUCAACCUUAUCUUGGCAGACCUGUGCACGAAGAAAAUGGCAUAUGUCACAAAUAGGUAUAAGGGAGAAGCUCUUCAUGCACAAGAGGUUCUUCCUGGUUGUCAUGUCCUCACAAAUGCAAAUUUGGACAGCCCUUGGCAUAAGGCUGAACGCUUGGGCAGAAAUUUCAAAGAUCUCAUUCAACAGUAUGGCGGCAAAGAAAUCCAUGAGAAAAACAUGGUUGAAAAGUUGAUGAAUGACACCGUAAAAGCUGAAAGAAACAUGCUACCAGGAACUGGUCAUGAUCCAGAGUGGGAAUUUAAUUUAAGUUCUAUCUUCGUUGAAACUGAUACCAAGAUGGGACGCUAUGGCACCAGAAGUAUGGUCGGCCUGUCUGCUAAAACUACUGGAGAGGUAACCUUCUACGAAAGAUACAUUGACCAGGAAAGUUGGAAAGAGCAGACCAUAGUCUAUCAGAUAGGGAACCAACAGUAGAUGGAAAUGGGGAGCUACUUAGUUGUAGAUGGCCAAAUAUCAUCAAAUAAAAAAGGUUAUGAGACAGCGCGUCGAGGACCUACAGCCAGUGGCGAAAAUGUUAAUGUGACAACAGUGAGUGCGUGGUUCAUCAAAAUGUUACUAAAAUUCCUAAGGACAGUGGUGGAGCCACAUAUGUGUAACUGUAGUUACCCACCCCAGGCCCCUCAAUGUUUCUUUAUUGUCACAUUAACAUGUUCAAAUAUAUAUAUAUAUGUGUGUGUCAA